AUGAUGGAUCCCAUGGCCAACCUACCGCUUUCAACUUACCCCCCAACUGACCAACUAGGGAAGUCACAGACUAAGCCAUUGUACAUCACUUCCGUGCAGGUGGAGGAUGGUAAGGACUACCCACUUUCAGAUGGAGUUCUCAAGUCCAUCUUGAGCCCGGUUCUUGCCAAGCCGCUGCAGAGUUUGAGCUCGACACUGGCAUCUUUGGAGACAAUCGAAAAGAACCUCAUGUAUACGGGGCUCUACCAGGACAUCAGUAUCACGCUAGACCAUGACAAGUCUCGGCUUGUGAAUCAGUUCCUAAGUAACAUUGCGCCUAAGGAAUACGAUAUUGAAUUGCCGUUACCAGUCAAGGCAUUGGUGAAAGUUCUUCCUGCGCCCUACCAGCGUCUCUCGCUGGUUACGACCACUCGCGAUAGCUAUGCCUCGGCAGGAGGGCGAUUAGCAUCGGUGAACAAAUUUGGCCUUGCAGAAGUGUUUUCCCUACAAGCUGAUGUCAAUUACACCCCAUUUAGUGGGAAACUUGACGACAAACUGGUUGACUUGAGAUGUUUGGUGCCCUUUCAGAACAACCCAUCCAUAAAAGCCGUAUUUGACGUUAAUUAUGCCAUGCUAGACCUCUAUAAUCAGCCUUGGAUCAAUGAGGAUGACCAGCACAAGCAAAGGCAGAUCGGCUUUAACAUUGGUAUUCAGAAACAAUGGCUUUCGAAGAGGUUAUACAGCCCCACUGCAUUUGCGGGGGUUUCCAUCGUUGGCCGGAACUUGGAUGGUAUCCAGUUGGAUCGGGCAUCCUACCAUGUUUCGGCCUGGGCGGACUCUUCUCUCAAGACCAGUUUUGUCACCCAGUUUCUCCACAGUAAUCGGAAGCUCAUAGGUACCUUUCCCGUGCAAGGUAUGAAGUUCAAUGCUGUUAACGAACUAGUUUUAAGUCAAACAGUUGCCGGUACCCCGCAGGAGGAGACCUUCAAUAAGUUUUUAGUGACCUAUGAAAAGCAUGUUUCAUUCCUCCGUAACCUUGUUACAACUUCACUCGACUUAUCAUGUGGUUCCCUUAUAUCCACGAAGCAAGCUGCGAAGCCAAUGGUCCAUAUCAUGGACCAAUUUUACCUGGGCGGGCUGUCAUCUUUGAAGGGAUUUCAUCGGAACUCUGUCGGAAGUAGAGGAGGUGACUUAUUCUACAGACUUUCCUUAAAGUCGUCUGUCCACUUACCAGGCACGCCGCUGGACUCGCCUUUGAGGCUACAAGCCUUCUUCAAUGCCGGUGAUGUUUUCCACUUUAGGCGCCAGAUCCCAGAAGAUGUCGCAGCCGCCACUGGGCUCUCUUUAGUCUACGAAUCACCUAUAGCAAAUUUGGACCUUACUUAUGCACUCCCUUUGACCAGCAGACCAGUGGAUUUGGCUAAGCCCGGGUUUUCUUUCGGGGUCGCCAUUGCAUACCGCUGA